ACUUACAAGUCACCCGGCUGCUGCAGCCUGCACUUGACUAUCUGUUGAACUUUAUGCUUAUAUAACCCCGGCAUAUAACCUAAUCAUAUAAACAAAACAUCAAAAACCAAACAUGAAUUACUACAAUAUCAUUCUAAUUCUGAUCCCCUUUAUCUGGGUUUGGAAACUGAAAUCAUCCUCUAAACUCUCAAGGCUUCCCCCAGGACCAAAACCUGUACCAAUCCUAGGAAAUUUGGGUCACUUAGGAGAUAAGCCACAUCGUUACUUAGCUAGUUUAGUUAAAACUUAUGGUCCUUUAAUCCACCUUAAAUUUGGAAGUAUAACAACCAUUGUUGUAUCUUCUUCGGCUGUAGCCAAAGAAAUGUUCCAAAAACAUGACCUUACAGUGUCCAGCAGACAAGUCUGCGCUGCACUUCGUGCAAAUGGGCACGACCAGUUCUCUGUAGUAUGGCUGCCUGUUUGCGCAAAAUGGCGUUCAUUGAGGAAAAUAUCAGCCAUCUAUUUGUUCUCGUCGCAAAGGCUCGAUGCAAGUCAAGCUCUUCGACAAGAAAAAGUGUCAAAACUAAUGGAAUACGUUAAUGAAUGUUGUAAAAAGGGAGAAGCUCUUGAUAUUGGAGUUGCAGCUUUUACAACUUCACUUAAUUUAUUGUCUAACACUUUCUUUUCAUUUGAUUUGGCUGGUUAUAGUUCUAGGGAUUCGGGAGAGUUUAAGGAACUUGUUUGGAAGAUAAUGGAGGAAAUUGGAAAGCCUAACUGGGUUGAUUGUUUUCCUAUGUUAAGGUUUUUUAGUAAGUUUAGUGUUAACCGUAAGUUAAUGGGUUAUGGAAAUAAAUUAAAUGAGAUUUUUGAGGAUAUUAUUCAAAAAAGGUUGAAUGAUUGUGAUGUUUGUGAAAAUUAUGGCGAUGUGUUAGAUACCCUUCUUCGAUUGAUGAAAGAAAAGGAAUCAGGGUUGACUCUUGCUGAUAUCAAGCAUCUUCUCAUGGAUUUUUUUACGGCUGGAACAGAUACUACAUCGAGCACUUUAGAAUGGGCAUUGACAGAACUCCUACAUAAUCCAGAAAAAAUGGCGAAUGUACAAGCUGAAUUGGACGAAGUCAUAGGCAAAAACAAGGUUGUUGGAGAAUCCGACAUCUCAAAACUUCCUUACUUACAAGCUACGGUAAAGGAAACACUUAGAAUGCACCCACCAACGGUGUUUCUGUUACCGCGUAAAGCAAAUAAUGAAGUUGAAUUGUAUGGUUAUGUUGUGCCUAAAGAUGCACAAAUAUUUGUUAACCUUUGGGCAAUUUCACGAGAUCCAAAUCAUUGGACAGAUCCAGAUUUAUUUUCACCUGAGAGAUUUUUAGAGCGCGAAAUUGAUAUGAAAGGACAAGAUUUUGGACUUAUACCUUUUGGAGCAGGAAGAAGAAUAUGUCCUGGAGAUACAUUGGCGAUUCGAAUGUUGAACCUUAUGUUGGGAAAUUUACUCCAUGGUUUCAAUUGGAAGGUUGGUGAUGGAAUUCGACCAGAAGAUUUGGAUAUGAGUGAUAAGUUUGGAAUUACAAUACAAAAGGCUCUACCUCUUCGUGCCAUUCCAAUUUCUAAAUAAAACGACUGCAAUUUCAAAACAUAAAAAUACUGCCCAUGCCAAAUCGGAUAUCAUGUGUAAAAUUGUCAACCAUUGAAUGUAUUCUUGCACUCAUAUUACUCUCAAAUGCUCAAUACAAGAGAAUUAUUUCGCCCACAAA